ACUCCAUCCUCGAACCCCCCUACAUCACCGACUGCCAACCCGGCUCGACGAGACGACAAUCAACUCACCGCGUUGAUGCCACCCGAGAGACUGCAGCCAUGUCGAGCAACAACCCCUCUGAGCCUGCUCCUGGCGGUGGUGGUUUCGACUUGUUGAGGAGGGCAACCCAGAAGAUGAUGUACAGCAGGUCUGCCACGGCAGAGAACGACGACUCCACAGACCAGAUCGGAAACGACACCCCUCGGUCCGGCUUCGCUACCCCGGAGCCUGACCCUCAAGACAAGAGGCUGCCCGGCAUCAUGAGCUACUUCGGCCAGAGUGGCCAGUCCACACCUGCCCGAGCACUAUCUACCGCCCAACCCAGUCGAAAUGACGGUCAAGACGACCGAAGGACCAGCAACGAGAGCGCGAGCGCCAGCGCCAGCGCCACGGGCACCCAGACCCCCUCUGGCUCCUCCGCCACGUCGACACAAGUACCAGCCGCCAAGGGCAAGCUCACAAUCAAGAUCAGCGAGGCUAGAGGACUGCGGAAAUGCCGAGCACCCUAUGUCGUUGUCGUCUUCCAGAAAAGCGAGCUGAUCUCGGGCGCUCCACGCAAGGAUGACGAGGACGAGGAGUCGGCCGUCUCGAAUGUUGCCAUGGGCGGUGUUCCGAUUCAGCGCCAGGGCAGCGACUCUGGCCGGACCCCCAUGGCCAUCCCCAUGAGGAGCCGCCAGAGCAGCAACACCAGCAUUGGAGAGUUCAACAGUUUCCGCAACCGGCCUCACCGUCAGUCCUUUACAAACCCAAAGUGGGACGCGGAGGCGGUCUUUGACGUUGUCGAUAAGGAUAUGCUCGUUGAUAUCUCCGUUUACGAUCACGGUGCGAAAGGUGAGGAAUUUUUGGGACACGUCAAUUUCCAGGGACGCAGGCCAGACAGCCAGGAGCCCAUACGGGGCUGGUUCAGCCUCAAGGGUCACGUCGACACCAUGGAGGAGAACGCGCCAACCGGCGAAAUAUACGUUGAGGCUCUGUACCAGGGGGGCGAAAAGCGACACUACGGCCCCGAAGACUUCAUGAUCCUGAGAUUGAUCGGAAAGGGCACUUUUGGUCAGGUGUAUCAAGUGAGAAAGAGGGACACCGGGCGCAUAUAUGCUAUGAAAGUCCUUUCCAAGAAGGUCAUUGUACAAAAGAAAGAGGUGGCUCAUACCGUCGGCGAAAGGAACAUUCUGGUCCGGACUGCGACCUCGGAGUCGCCCUUCAUCGUGGGGCUGAAGUUCUCCUUUCAGACUCCCUCUGACCUCUACCUUGUGACCGACUACAUGUCUGGCGGCGAGCUCUUCUGGCACCUCCAGAAGGAGGGGCGGUUCGACGAGAAGCGCGCCAAGUUCUACAUCGCAGAGCUCAUCCUCGCGAUCGAGCACCUGCACAAGAACGACAUUGUCUAUCGGGACCUGAAGCCCGAGAACAUCCUCCUGGACGCAAACGGCCACAUCGCCCUCUGCGACUUCGGCCUGUCCAAGGCGAACCUGACCAAAAAUGACACCACCAACACCUUUUGUGGAACAACUGAGUACCUGGCCCCAGAGGUGCUGCUGGACGAGGCAGGCUACACCAAGAUGGUUGACUUCUGGUCCCUGGGCGUCCUCGUGUUUGAGAUGUGCUGUGGCUGGAGCCCCUUCUACGCCGAAGAUACGCAGCAGAUGUACAAGAACAUUGCAUUUGGCAAGGUUCGCUUCCCAAGAGACACGCUGUCUCUCGAGGGCCGAAACUUUGUCAAGGUUGAUUACGCCACCUUUCAAGCCGAGCCUCAAUUCACCAACGCUCUCGACCAGAAUGGAUCGCUGAACGAGCGGGCGGCGGCACUGGCCAGGGGCUUCGCCACGUCAACGCCCCUCUCACCUUCUGUCCAGGCGAAUUUCCAAGGUUUUACGUUUGUUGAUGAGAGCGCGCUGGAUGAGCACAUGGGAGACAGGGUCAUGGAUGAUGAGAUGGAUGUCGACCAGGGCAAGGAGCACGAUUGGGAUGAACUGGAGGACGUUACGACCCAGAAGUCAAAUCGGAUGAGCGGUUUUUUCAAUUCUUUUCUUCCUCGGUCACCGAAAAAAGAAAAAAAGGGCGAAUAGGGUCUCACGCGCGUUUAUGACAUUUGGUACGCAUCGUGCAUUUGCAUAUGGGCGGUUGAAGCACCUGCAUUUGGCAAGACAGAAGAGAUGCAGCAAUCUGGCCUCGGCGUUUACGGUCUGGAAACAGAAUUGUUUUUUUCCUUCAUCCGAUUCUACAGGCGAGCGAGGAUAAGCUCGUCCAGCAGGCGCUGCCAAGGAGGAGGAUGGGAUGAUGAUGGCUUGAACUUCGCUUUGGGAGAAAGCAUGCAUUGGAUGAGAAUGAAUAUUAGGCUGGUUCCACAAGAGGCCAGUCAGGGCUUGGUCUGGUGGUGGUGGACCUUGCGGCGAGGGAGAGACACCAAAGGCUUGGCUGCCUGUGCCUCUCUGCUCCACCAAAGUGAAGUGGUCCUCAUCCGUCAGCACUUCUUGCCUGGAGAGAUGAAUCCGUGUGGACCAUCUGAGAGCGGUAGCAAGUAUGUGCUUGGUAUCUAUCUACUUGUGCCCCUUUCUAAAGGCACGAUACCAGCAUCUAGCAUCUAGUGGCAGUUUGAAAAAAGGGACGAGCAAUGCCUACAGUGGUAAUGCAUAAUCGAAAUGUCAUCAUGCUCAACAC